AUGCUUGAUAACGCUAUCAGAGCGGGCCUAGAACCUUCUCAGUCUCCACCAUUUGAUGUAAUUGCUGCCUAUCGAAGAAAUCUCUUGGAUGAGGACACAUCCAUGCCAAUUGCUGCUGUACUUGCAUUAACAGAGCUCCUUGCCGUCUCAAAAGCGGAAACGAUGUACGAAUUGGUAGAAGCAUUGAAAGUUGGAGCAGCUAUCCUCAAACAAGCAACUCCGAAUCCAAUCAGUCUAACGGCCGGUUGUGAUCUAUUCAUCCGUUACGUGAGCACAGCGCGCCAGGAAGACUUGGCGUUCGCCACCCAUAAGGAAGCGCUAAUUCGGGAAGGGAAUUUGUAUGCGCGUAACGCAGCCGAAUCUUGUCGAGAGAAAAUAUCGCAUCUUGCACUGGGCUUCAUACCUGAUGACGGCGUGAUUUUAAUACAUUCAUUUUCAAGGGUGGUUCUCCAGGCAUUGAUAAAUGCACAUAAGCGGAAGCGCGUAUCUGUUUAUGUCACCGAAGCGCGCCCAAGAGGUUUGGGCAUCAAAGCAUUUGACGCUUUAACCGCUGCUGGAGUCCCUUCCACCCUCGUGCUCGAUUCUGCAGUGGCGUACGUCAUGGAUAGGGUAGAUCUAGUUCUGGUCGGGUCUGAGGCUGUUGUGGAGAGUGGCGGCCUAAUAAAUGCUGUGGGAAGCUACCAAGUGGCCAUCAUAGCGAAAGCCGCCAAUAAGCCGCUAUACGCCCUAGCAGAGAGCUACAAAUUCCUCCGCUCGUUUCCCCUAUCACAAUACGAUCUGCCCAUCCACAAUUCUUCCGUCUUGCGACUUCCAACACAGAAACCUUCUCACCCUUCCACACUAACGGUGUCACAUGGGUCACCUGCAGUUUAUGCUCCACCGGCAGCUGAGCGGCCCGCGGCCCCCCACCUCUCUGACCAUUCAUCACCCGCACCGACGUUGACGAUGACACCUGAACAGCUUGCCAAUAACCCGGAUGUUGACUACACGCGACCCGACCUUAUUGCCUUGGUUUUUUCAGAUGUGGGCAUCCUCACCCCUUCUGGGGUAAGCCAGUACCUGGUAAACAUCUUUUCGGAUUAA